CUCGCUGUCUUAUUGAAUAUUUUCACGCACGAAACGAAUAAUGGAGACGCUAUUGCCUGGCAAUACAAACAGUCAAUCGUAUAGUCCGCAAUUAAAAACCGUCUUAAAGACAUAUCAGCUAUCCGCUGUGAAAAGCUUACAGGGUCCGAGCUCGGCCCUGCUUGGUAUGGACUGCAAGAGCCUAUUACAAGAUCAGGCACCUUGUUACUCCCCUUCGAGCCGAUCGAGUAAUUGUGUCAUUGAUUCAGCAUCAGAACAGGUCUCUACGAAAGAUAUUGAAAAAGAUAAUAAUCUGUCGGUCACACCUCUUGUGCCGUGUAAAGUUCGCAGGACGGAUCAACCGCUUGAAGACUCCGAUGAAGAUCCUCAAUUGGAGCGGUCGAAAAAUGUUUGUGAGAAGAGGGAAUUGGAAUUUCAAAUCCCAAUUUUAACCGCUCCCGACCAAAGUUGUUCUGAGAGAUGCGAAACAGUUUUAGAGGGUGAAAGGAUAUCCUGUUUUGUGGUAGGAGGUGAAAGGAGGUUAUGUUUACCACAGAUUUUAAAUACAGUGCUGCAAGAUUUCUCCCUUCAACAGAUUAAUCAAGUUUGCGAUGAAUUGCAAAUUUAUUGCUCACGAUGUACGAGAGAUCAGUUAGAAGAACUAAAACAUUCAGGAAUUCUGCCGCGCAAUGCUCCUUCCUGUGGCCUUAUUACACAAACAGAUGCCGAAAGGCUUGUCAGUGCUUUGCUCUUAAGGACAGAAUCGUGCGACCCAUCUAAAGUUGGUCAAAACGAAGAUAAUACUGAAAAGAAAGUGUCUAAUAAAAUUGAUAGCGACAAAGAAGCCAUUGUCAAAUUUAAAGUGUAUCAUGAGUGCUUUGGGAAAUGUAAAGGCAUUUUUGAUGCAAGUUUAUUUGAAUCUGAUGAUUCAGUAUGUAUAGAAUGCAUUGAAUGUGGCUGCCAAUUUUCACCUCAAUGUUUUGUUAGACAUGCCCAUAGAUCUCUUGAAAAUCGUACUUGUCAUUGGGGCUUUGAUUCUGCAAACUGGAGAUCAUAUCUGUUACUUUCACGGGAACAAGAAAAUUAUAAUAAAUCACUCAACGUAUUUCGAGAAUUAAAAGAAAAACAUCUAAUACUGGGUUCCAAACGAAAAUCAGAGUUUCGUCAUGAUUCAGAAAAAUGGACUAAACGAAUUAGAAGAGAUGUUGUAGCAAGGGAUGAGUGUCCAGGAAUAUAUAAUGGAAGUGGCUUAGGCUUAUAUCAUCCUGUAUCUCAGGUAGCUAAUGCAACUGAUCCAUAUUUACAAAUGCAAUGGGCAGUUUUUGAAUUAGCGGCUAGAGGAGCAUCAGCUUUUAGACCUUGGAAUACCACAAGUACUUGCAAGCACAAAGAUAGUUCAUCGCUGGUGCCUGCAUAUUUAAGUCGAGGUCCACCUGUACUGCAACAUCCAGAACAUGUGGUUCCUCUUUCUGAAUGUAAACGUUUUGAACCACAUUUUCAACCAAAUGUAGCCUUAGCACCUAUACCUGCACCAUCAGUGCCUGUAGUACUUCCACCUUCUGCUCAUCAUCAGCGUCGACAUCAUCACGAACAUAAACGUUAUAAUCAUCAUUUAUCAAGCCCUAAUGAAAAAAAAGAGCCUCCAUCGGACAGUGUGAAACUUGAAAAAACUUCUCUUAGUUCUGGAUCUAGUGUUGGCACUUAUUCUGUAUUCCCAUCAUACACACCUGAAAGCAAUCAGAAAGAAUUGCCACAGAAAACUAAGAAUGAAGUUGGUGAAGAGGAAGAGAGUAGUACUGCGGUAACAUCUUCUACAGUAAACAUAGAACCACCUUCAGCUGAGAUUGGUACUUCUGCACUGGAAAGCGAUUCUGAUUCAGAAGGAACAACAGCAAUAGAUUUAGAAGAUAGAUUAUUAGCUUUAGAAGUACCGCAAGAUGUCCUGGAACUAGCACGACGUAUAGUUUCAGAGAAUGCACAGUUACGACGUCAUCGACGUUCGGAUGCACGCGAAAUAUCUCGAUUGCGCAAUCAAUUGCAAAUGCAACAGCAACUACAAUCAUCUAACAGUGGUGAUAAAAAGGAGGAACCAGCAAAUGCAAGUGCAGCAGACAGUACAGAAGAUACUGGAGUACAUAAUUUUAAUUUGGAAAAAGAUUGUGUUGGAGGAGGAGGUACAGGUUUGGGUUUAGGAACCAAAGUACCAUUGCCACCUGGCCGAAUAACAGGAAGUGCUAGUAUUGAAACUUUAGUUAGAGUAGGUAUUGAAAAAGAAAAUGGACUUUCACCAGAUAGUAAAAUGGUCAUAGUCCAUGAUUUUACGCCUUGUGUUGACGAUGAACUUCAAGUAAAACGUGGCCAGGUUGUAAAUGUUUUGUAUAGAGAGAAUGAUUGGGUAUAUGUAAUAGCAGCUGACACUAGAAUGGAAGGCUUUGUGCCACAUUCAUAUUGUGCACCUUACACAUCUCAGCUUGCUGAAUUAACACUUGCUACUCUUAUGAACAAUGUGAAAAAGAAACUACCAAGAUCUAAUGAAACUGAUUGUGAUUUUACUGGUACAGGUCGUUCACAAACAGUAGAUACACAACAAACUGACACAGGAUCUGCAUCAGACUGUGAAAGUUAUGCUCGUAAUGUUACUACUGCCGAUGCAAAUGUUAAUAGAUCUAAUAUCACACAAUCUCAAAAUUCUAUUCAAACUAUAUCUUCUCAGCCAGAUGUACAUCCUUUCUUUAAGGAUCCAUCAGCUGGAAGAUACAUUGUUCUUUAUACUUUUGUGGCUAGAGAUGAAAAUGAUGUUAGCGUUGAAAGGGGAGAAUUUGUGACUGUACUUAAUCGAGACGAUCCUGACUGGUUUUGGGUACUUAGGCAUUGUGAUGGCAAUGAAGGAUUUGUACCAUCUGGAUUUGUGUACCCAGGACAUGUUCUUCAUUCUUAUGCAACAACAACUACCACAACUACCACUACUACUACUGCAGCUACAGCAUCUGCAGAGACGCAUAGUUUAGGAAAAGGUAAUAGUACUAUAUCAGGAAAUGAAUCAUUGCAACAAAAAGGUUUACGAGAUUUUCGAGAUGAAACUAAUGGAACAGAAUUAGUUGUACUUUAUGAUUAUAAGGCGCAGGCGCCAGAUGAUUUAUCAGUGAGAAGAGCUGAUUGGAUUUAUGCAGAUUUGGGAAAUCAAACUGUAGAUGGUUGGUUGUGGGCAUAUGCACCCAAGACUCGCAAAUAUGGUUUUAUUCCAAAAGCAUAUGCCCGUCCUCCUGCUAUGACAAGCUUAUGAUACAAACUAUAAUCUUAUGUAUCUUGCAUUUUAUGCAUAUAUUCAACUAAUAAAGUACUUUUACAUAAUA